CUAAAACUAAAAUGGCCGCCAGGCUGAGGAAUUUUAGGAGCGCGUUUGGAAAAGUAAAUCAGAUAAACAGCAUGUUUUUGCCUCAAUUUGAAAACUUGAAGCAAAGAAAGCUUGGAAGGUCAGCCAUUAAUAUUUUCACCGACUACAAAGCCGUGUUCAAGGACUUUUACUUGCAGGCAAAAGAAAAACCAUUUCGAUUUCUUACGGCGCUGGCCACUUUUGGUGGUCUGUAUUACAUUUAUGAGCACAACCCAGGCGUUAAUUCCUAUGAGGACGCUCUGUUGGAAUCCUCAAAUGAACUGUUACAGAUCAGUCAUCUAAUAAGGAAUCCAGCGUCGAACAGUUACGUCCAAAACUUGCUGAAAUUUCGUAACCAGGAGAGACUAAGAAUUCAAAGUUUGGGCCUCCUCUCGCUAGUAUGGGUAUCAGAAUUUGGGCCAGGCUGCGAUCUUUAUGAAAAACACUGCUACUAUACUCAGCCCAGGUGUAAGACAUUUCCUCAAAAGGUGAUUGAUGUGGGGUUCCUCGGACAUUGGCUUUUCCUGGAGAAGGCUAUGAAAGAUUUUGAUGUAAAUGAAGCUGAAUUGGCAGACUGUCCUCCUGACACAAUUAGCAAGUGAGAUCGAUAUAAAGCACAGUUCCUUCUAAGCAUUUAAAAUGUGUUGUGUUAUGUUUGAAGUGUUAGCCCUCAAAAAGAAAUUGAUAUUGGGUUCCAUGGACAGUGGUUUUUCUUGGAGAAGGCAAUGAAGCAGAAUUGGCAGACUGUACUCCUUACUUAUAGCAAAUGAGAUAUUAACUGAGUACGCAAAGUUCUUCAUGGCAAAUAAAACAAACCUAUGAGUUGGCUUUGUUGUUUUCUCUUGGAAAAGGCAAUGAAGGAUUUUCAUGCUGAUAACACUAGGGUAACUGAUGUCCUACGGGUCCCGGUUGUUCAAAAGUUGGGUCGUGCUAUCCAUGGGGUAAAUUGCUAUCUGGCAGAUACACUGGUGACAAGAUUUAUUGAACCAUGCACUGGGAAAUGGUAUGUGUGGUGUAAGCAUAAACAAAAGAAAUGAAGAGAAGUCCAAUACAACCUUGCAUAAUAUUUAUGUGAAAAAAGGGGAAAGCCUAGCAAGAAAGUAAACAGAUUGUUACAAGUUAAGACUCUCUGUCUCCUUCCUCAGAGUCACAUCAGGUAUACUUAGAUUUCACUGCCAAGUUAAUGCUAGGCUCGAUUUCUGCCGUCUCCCAGGUCCGGUCUUAAGGCUGGUUUUCACUAGCAAUGGGGUUGUAAAGUGAGAAUAAUAUUUUGUAAUGAGAUGCAUACUGCAUCAUGAUCUAGUGAAAAUAGCAUUCCGAUUCCACUUACCACUCCAUCACUUAUGAUCUUUUGAAAACUAGGUUGUCAAAGUUGCAAAAGAAAGUGGAAAAACUAAACCAAAAGAACCUUGUCCAAAGCACCAACCCCCUGUAAUUUCCCUUUUUUAAAUGCAACUCCCCCUACAGUACAAAGUUUCUUUAAAGAGUGAUCCUACCAGUGCAGAUUUUGGUACAAGGAAAGGUCCAAAACGGUGCAGACAAGAGCCAUAAUAUUAUGAUCUCCUGGCACAGAAUAAGAAAGAGCCCCAUUGUUUCUUCCAAUUUUUCCCUCCCGGGCUGUUCACCCCUUUUCUGGCUCCAACUAUCCUCACGUAGAACUGUUGUUCUGUUUUUCCAAAUUUUUCUACUUUCAUGACGUAAAAUGAGCCUAUCUUGAGACUAUCAAAGCUUGAAUGUCACAAGGCUAGUGUGUCUUUGCUUGCAGCCAAAUAAGUGCACCAGGUAAGGUCUGCAUUGUGCAAAACUAGAAUAUCUGGCAAAUACAAAAUAUUCAGCAUUUGGCCACUCAAGAAAAUGCUUGCGCUGAAACUUAAUUACGUUUACACUUUCAUUCUUGCCUGUGAACAGUGACUUGGCACCUUGACCUUGUACGUUGUUUCUUUCCUGUUAUUUGGCCUUGACACCCCACUCUCAAUGUGUUAAAAUACUUAAUUUUGGAAGCACUGAAAUAAUUAAUGCAAGAUUUUUGCCGAGUUACAUGUUAAUAGAAAUUAAAGUUGAUCUGAU